GUCUCAUAUUUUCUCUCUGAGACAGAAAUGUUCCAGAGCUUUUAUUGACCGAUACCUUGUUUAUUUGCGUCGUAUUUGUGAGAGUUUGAAGCUGCUGAUAUUUCUAAAUUUGCAAACAUGUCUCUAAACACCGCCCAUGCCGAUAACGGAGUGUUAAUUCACGCUGGAGAAUGCAUUAUUUUAUUUUCGGAUAAUGUAUCAGUCGAGUUUUAUGGCAACGAGACUGCAGAGUUUAAGGGGACGAAACAUGGUCGAAUGUACCUGACCACACACCGUAUGAUAUAUAACUCCAAGAACACAGCAGAUAUACUUAGAUCAUUCAGCUUUCCUUUUAUCACAUUACAAGAUGUAACUGUAGACCAGCCACUGUUUGGAGCUAAUUGCAUCAAAGGCAAAGUCCGUGCACAACCCAAUGGCAAUUUUAUUGGUGAGGUGAAAUUCAAGCUUACAUUCAAGUCUGGAGGCGCUAUUGAGUUUGGUCAAGCUAUGCUCAAGGCUGCUCACUUAGCGUCCCGCCACAUGCAAGCGGGUGCUCCGCCGCCGCCGUACGCCCCUCCAUCCGGACCGUGGUACGCCGCGCCGCCGCCCGCGUACGCUCCGCCCCCACAGGGAUACUAUGGAUGGGUGCCACCAUACUCAGCGUUCCCGGAUCAACCGUCUCCGAACUCCGUGUUCAUCAGCAACAGUCCCCCGCCGUACCCGGGUAUAGCCGGCGCGACCUAUCCCACCGGACCCGGCUUCUCCGGCGCCGGAGCCGGUUACCCGGGCGCCCCACCCGGUGCCGCACCCGGAUACCCAGGCGCCUCACCCGGGGCUGCAGCCGGUUACCCGGGCGCCGCAGGAUUCUCGCCCAGCGCCCCGCCACCCGGAUAUCCGGGUGGUUUCACCGCGCAUGCUACGAACGGCAUGUCUCCUAGUGAUGCCAAAGCCGCCGAGGCCGCUCAGAGUGCCUACUACGAUCCCAGCAAACCUCAGACCGCUUACGUACCGCCGCCAUACGAUCAACCGCCGAGCUAUCAAGAAUCAACAUCGAAGAAAGACAACUGAAGGACUGUCCGCACUACUACAUAGAUGCAUAAACACCCAUAGCCGUGGCCC